AUGAAAGGACUCUCUGUUAACGAUGUCUUUUCCACAAGGGAAGAAGCAGAGAAGGCUCUGGCGGAACAUGCUGUGCGAAACAACCUCAACUAUGACCUCGAGGAAACACCCAAGUCUGUUGCCGUACUGUGCAAGGGAAGAGAGGAGUUUGGCUGCGAGGCCAGAGUAGUUGCACAGUUAAGAAAGAAGGACGGAGUAUUCGUGGUGAAGAGAGUUAGACUGGCACAUAAAUGCCCAGCAGUGACAUCGAAGUAUGGAUCUCCCGACGAGAUGGUUCGAACUGAGGUGCACAGGGUAAUAGGAGACAGAAAUGCAAGAAUAGGGGAAGUCAUAUCUAUUCUGGCAGAUAUGAAUAUAAAAAUGGGGUACUUUUCUGUCUGGAAGGCCAUGAGGCAAGGAGACGAAACGGAGAAGGAGAACAUAAAGGAGGGCUUGGCAGGGGAGAAUGGAAAGGGGGAUCUGUUUGACAGGGCCCUUGAAGAGCUUUCCCGGGAGUUCUUGGAACUUAAUCCUGAUGCGGCUGCUCGGUAUCGAGGGAAAAUGUUCUUUUUCUCCUUCCCCUCUUAUCUUGAGAUUCUUGUCCCAAUUGUUGAGAUAAGAAUAUAUAAGAGGACAGAGGGGUUUGUCAUUCUAGGGGUGCUUCGAGAUCCAGCAUGGUUUCCGGUUGUUUAUUCCUGCGUGGUUUCUGACCUUGCAGAUAGAGACGAUGCAUUUGGAUACUUUGUUGACUCGAUGCCCAGCCUGUUCUUCCUUGUGGACUUCGAUGUCCAUCUCAUCCGUGUUCUUAAAGAAAAGGACAGAGAGUUUUUUGUAAAAACCCGUGACAUAUGCAAGUUCUAUUACAACAGGGGCAAGUCUAUUGAUGCUGUAGAGGAUGUCUGGAACAAGUGUAACAACGAUAGAGAAUGGAGUACUCCGGAGCUUGCCUUUAUAGAUAGAAAGAGGUACUUGAGGAACUGUUGUGAAGUGGACAUGCUUGGGCUACAGAACACAAGUGAAUGCGAUGUCGAAUUCAUUGGUCUGGGGAUUUUCAAUCUCCCGUUCUUUGAUUGCAUCAAUGCGAUUCUGAAGCUCAUUAGCGACAAUCUGAAGCAGAGGAAGAAGAUUAAUCUUGGGGAAGGAAAGCAUCUAUUCGGCAACAAUGUCAUAAGUAGGAUAGAAAAGAAUACCUCUAUGGAGGUUGCAGACAGCUUCUACAAUGUUGAUCUACAGAAUCAAACAUGCACAUGCGGGAGAUUUCAGGAAUUUCUAAUACCGUGUCCCCAUGCCUGCAAAAAAAUACUUGAUUCCGGAGAGGAUCCAUACUUGUAUGUUAGUGACUUGUAUUCGAAAGCAAGGCUGCUUAAGCUCAGGGAUGUAGUUCCUGUUGUAGAUUUGCCGGUGAAGUGUCAAUCUGAUAGAAAUCUGCUUAAACGCGGACCUGGGAGGCCAAAGAAGAUACUGGUUAGAGAGCCCCCUGUUGUUAGAAGCUGA